AUGAGCCUUGCCACCGUUGGCGCCGUUGUCCUCGUUCUUUGUAUCGUGGCGUAUGCUAUGUCGCACGCUACGGACUCAGACGUCGACCUGCAUGAUCCAGAGAUCUUCCAGGAACGCAAAAACUUGUACCGAAACAAGCGAGAUGACUUCAGAAGGAAUUUUCGGGCCAUGGAGGAGCUGAGGGAGUGGAAGGCUAAGAAUGACGACUAUGAUUAUGUGGAACUUAGUUCUGGAAUGAUCCCUCCAAAUUUGGUUGGUAAAGCGACUGGCAGCAAGCCUUUCGCAAAGAGCGACACUUGGUUCUCUGAAUUCGAAUCCCACAACCCUUCUUCCCUCAUCCUCUCCGAGUCUCAAGACUCGUAUAUCAUCGGUAAUCUCGCUAGUUACGACAAACGCCAGUACCCAGAGUUCAAGCCGGGUGAAAACACCCCUGAAGGCCAAGGCUUCGGCCACUGCCUCGUAAUUCCUCGCAAGCGCAUCUUCAACGUCGUCGACCCCGACGCUACAGCCAACCACUCCGCCAUGCUCAAAGAAAUGAAAGAGCAUUUCAUCACCUUCUGGAAAACCGAAGACGGCUCACCAAAGCUUCUUAGACGCGUGCGCUCUACUUUCGACGAGCAAAACACCAAGCUGGCAUCUAACGACAGGAACGCCGAGUCUUGUGAGAGCUUGCGAUCUACGCUGAUAAAGGACUUUGACAUGCUGAGUAACAGCUUCUUGAGAUGCAACCCGGACGAUUUCGAGUUCGCUUUUCACGCAUAUCCGGCUAAUUCAGUGGGGCAUUUGCAUAUGCAUGUUUUUCCGAAGAAUAGCGACUUGAGGAAGUUCUCGACGAAGAGCCAUGAUUGGAAGACUAUUCCGAUUGAGGCGGUAUUGGAGGUUGAGGAGGAGGAUUCGAGAGCGCUGGUGGAGUGGGGCAGUGGGUGA